UGGGGUAAGGGGAUAUGUUAGAAGGUUCCUGAGGCCAACAAGAGCCAAUGAAGACCUGACGGUACAGCUGCGAUGGGAAGAGAGUGACGGACAAGGAUAUUGGACGAGAUCGCUAAGGUAGAGCCAACAGGAUGUGAUGCGUUUUGAAGACAGGGACCAGACUCUACAGCUCUGAGUACCAGGGCUUUGCACUUACAUGCUCACCACGGUUGUUGAACGAUUCUGUAUAAUGGGUAUUCCCGGGAUAGGGAGCUCAGUAUUGUCUACACUAGGCUCCCGGGAGAAGGGGUGGGGGGGUGUGGUUAUACUUCUGGUCUCCCUCUGCUAAUACUUCCCUUCCUAAUGCUUUAUAAUUCUGCAUGGGCCCAUUUCCUAAUCUAAGUUACAAGCUUGGAAAUAGGGUGUGUGUGGAGGGGGGCACAGGAAUUCUUUUUCUGAGCUGUGCCUAUCCCUUGGCUCAUAAUGUGCCGAUAGGGCACUCGCACUUGAGUAUCUUGACCCCAAGCUGAGUGACCCUAGGUGGUGGUGUGGUGGACCUCAACCUCUGACGAUACCACCUUCUGCAGGAGAGGCCUGAGGAUACACUGUUUCAGAGUGACCUACACCUUGGCAGAGUCACCCCUGUUCCUCCAGGGUCUGCGCCGCCAUUUUGGAAAUCCGGUGUUGUCAGCUCACCGAGAGGUAUUCAGGCCCAGGAGAUCUGAUCCAAAAAAGAGCAAACUCACCAGAAACAUUAAUAAUUAAGGAUGCAGGCUCCAGAGAGGGACAAGCAAACAGGGGAUGAAAGCCCUUCGACACCUUCUCUGUCACCCCAGCCAGCUGCUGAGAAGAACUCAUACCUGUACUCCACGGAGAUCACACUGUGGACGGUGGUGGCCGCCAUCCAGGCCUUGGAGAAGAAAGUGGAUUCCUGCUUGGCCCGCUUGCUGACCUUGGAGGGGCGGGCGGGGACAGCCGAGAAGAAGCUGGCGGACUGCGAGAAGACAGCCGCGGAGUUUGGGAACCAGCUGGAGAGCAAGUGGGCCGUGCUGGGGAACCUGCUGCAGGAGUACGGGCUGCUGCAGAGGCGGCUGGAGAACAUGGAGAACCUGCUGAGAAACAGAAACUUCUGGAUCCUGCGGCUGCCCCCGGGCAGCAAGGGGGAGGUCCCCAAGGUGCCCGUGACCUUUGAUGACGUGGCCGUGUAUUUUUCCGAGCCGGAGUGGGGCAAGCUGGACGAGUGGCAGAAGGAGCUCUACAAGCACGUGAUGCGGGGCAACUACGAGACGCUGGUGUCCCUGGAUUAUGCUAUCUCCAAACCGGACAUCCUAACCCAGAUGGAGAGGGGAGAGGAGCCUUGUCCUGAAAGCCUGUGGGGUCAUGAGGAGGGGAGUAAGAGAGAGGCAGCACAUCCCAGGAGGCCAAGCCCUGGCCUCCCUCCACAUCCAGAGCACAUCCUCAGCCCCGUCAGCCCUGCCCAGGAGGAGCCAACAGAAGGGCGGGCCCCCAGGCACCAGCAAGACCCAGAAGCAAGGGGAAGCCUGGACGGAACCAUCGCUGGUCCACCAGCCUCGGUUAAACAGGAGGAAGAAUCUUCAGGUGGGGAAUCUCCAGCCUCCCCUCCCAGGGACAGCCUGCCCAGCAGGGGGCCAGGUGGUGGCGGCGUGGUCAUCAAGACAGAAGCACAGUCUGAGGACGAGAUGACGCCUGAGCAGCUCUUCCUGGGGGAGUCCCGGAGCCAGACCGUGUGUCGAAUGCCCAAAAGGCCCAGGAGCAGGACUGGGGGCCCUGGGCGGCUUCAUGCCUCCGGGGUGCCGCGGGUGCGGGCGGGGGACCCGCGGUCCGGAGGGGCCGCCGGGGAGCCUCCCCGCAUUCUCCCUCGACGCCGCGAGCGGACCUUCCCCUGCCCCGACUGCGGGCAGAGUUUCCGCCUGAAGAUCAACCUGACCAUUCACCAGCGGAGCCACGUGGAGGAGGAGCACCGGGAGGCCCCGGGGAGCUCGCCCACCGGCUGGGGGGAGGACCACUCCACACUGGAGCCGGGGGAGGUGGUGGUGCCGGGCCCCGUCAUCCGCUGGCUCCCCGACGAUCCCGGAGCGCGCUGCUCGCUGGCAGGCCGUCCGUUCAUGGGACGGAGGCCGGAGGCCACCAAGGUAUAUCACUGCAGUGAGUGCCUGCGCUUCUUCCAGCAGCGGAAGACCCUGCUGCUGCACCAGCGCCUGCACACGGGCGACAGUCAGGGCUGGCCCGCCUGUCCCUACUGCGGCAAGGCCUUCCGCCGGCCGUCCGACCUCUUCCGCCACCAGCGCAUCCACACCGGCGAGCGGCCCUACCAGUGCCCUCAGUGUGGCCGGGCCUUCAACCGCAACCACCACCUGUCUGUCCACAUGCAGACUCACGCCCGGGGCCAGGCGGGCCCGCACUUUCCCGCUCCCUCUGCCGUCGCGGGGAGUCCACCCCGGCCCAGGCCCAGCCACACUGAGGAGGGCUGACCCGGCAGGAGCCCUGCGGGGCGGGGA